AUGUGUCGCGCACUGUAUGGCACGCGUAAUCCUGAUUCUGGAUUUGGCCCCUCGUUGAGGAAGAGCCUUGAUCAUAUGGGGCCUACGUCACCGCUGGGAGGGGAAGAAGAUGAUGAAGAUUAUGUCCUAGAGAAGAUAGCUCCCAAAGUAGAAAGGACGAAGGAGUUUGAUCAGUUCAGUGAGUUGACAAAGGACAGAAAAUUGAAAAGACUAAAUGAUCUGGUGAGCCAUUCUCUAAAAUUCAGUGAGUUAAUAGCUGAAAAUUUGGUAAAGGAUUCAACUGUUGACAAGGAAAAACCAGUAAAGAUGGGAGAAAUAUCAACUGCCAACCAGCCGGCUUUAUUGGAAAACUGUGUCUUGAAAGACUACCAGUUGGACGGAAUGAGAUGGCUAGUUUCGCUGUAUGAAAAUGGGUUGAACGGAAUCCUGGCAGAUGAGAUGGGGUUAGGGAAAACGUUGGAAACGAUAUCUUUGUUUGUGUUUCUCUAUGAACAGAACAUCAAAGGGAAGUUUCUCAUUGUGUGUCCGUUGUCUACUGUUGACAAUUGGUGCAAUGAGCUAGCUAGAUUUGCUCCUGUCUUGGAUACCAUGUGCUAUAUAGGACCACCACCGGUUAGGUCCAAACUGAGAAAAAAACUGAGACAAAAGUCCGUUAAUGUAGUGGUGACUAGCUUUGAAAUGUCUAUUAGAGAUAGAAAGUACCUUGAGAAGAUAUCAUGGGAGUAUUUAGUAGUGGACGAAGGACACAGACUGAAAAAUACUAAUUGCCUGUUGAUUAGAGAACUCAAGAAGCUAAAAACCAAUAACCGUCUGUUGCUGACUGGAACUCCAUUGCAGAACAAUUUGAAGGAGUUGUGGUCUUUAUUGAACUUUAUCUUGCCUUCAAUUUUUCAUGAUGUCGACAUGUUCCAACAAUGGUUUGAUUUUUCCAGCCUAGAUGAGCUUAAAGCAGACAACAACGACCAGGAAUUGAAUGAAGUGAUUAAUGAGGAAAUUCAAAAAUCUUUAAUCACCAGUUUGCAUACAAUUUUGAAGCCUUUCCUUUUGAGGCGACUGAAAAAGGAUGUCAUAAAAGGACUUCCAUCCAAGAGAGAAUACAUAGUUUAUUCCAAGCUAACUCCUGCUCAAGAGGUUUUGUAUAAAGCGGCCCUGAAAAACCAGUUAAAAGACAAACUUUUACGGAUUGGAUUCAGAGAGUAUUUGAAGUGCAACAAAAUCAAAGGAUUUACUACCAGUGAAGUGACGACAUUUUUGGACAAAGUAAUGAAUGAUGAAGUUACAUCACUCGGAAGAGCUAAAACUGGGAAUUCCAACCCCAAUCAAGAAGCUGAGUUAAUUGAUUUGCUUGGAUCCGAUUCGGAAGAUGACAUAGGGCACGAUAAUGAAGAUAAAAGUUUCUAUUCUUCACUGCCAUCUAAUAGCAAGAGACGAAGAUUGACUAGAUCUCAAGAUGCCAAAUACAAUGAAAGCAGUAGAGGAAAGCAAAAGAUCGCCAUUGAUGAAAAGUUAAACGAAUAUUGGAGUAUUGUGAGAUCACAGAUACUAAAGAAAAAACUCUCAAAUUUGGUAAUGCAGUUACGACUAAUUUGUGAUUCUCCGUUCUUAUUUUUUGACCCGUGGGAGGACGAUCAGCCACUAGAUUUCAAGAAAAUUGUGAGAGAGUCUAGUAAGAUGCAAAUGUUAGCACAGCUACUUCCAAGAUUACUUGACUCUAAGAAGAGCCCUGACGGAAAAAAGCAUAAAGUACUAAUCUUUUGCCAAUUCACCAAAAUGAUGGAUUUGGUAGAAAUGUGGUGUCAAGAGGAGAAUUACUCUACUUAUAGAAUUGAUGGUACAACUAGCCAAGAAGAACGAGCUGGCAUGGUGAAAGGUUUUGCUACAAAAGACAUUGAUAUAUUUCUCCUGUCCACUAGAUCUGGAGGACUUGGCAUAAAUCUCACUGCGAGUGACACAGUAAUAUUAUUCGAUUCAGAUUGGAAUCCUCAAGUAGAUUUGCAGGCAAUUGACCGGGUACAUCGGAUUGGACAAACGCAGCCAGUAAUAAUAUACAGGCUUUGCAAUAUCAACACUAUAGAGCAAGUUCUACUGGCCAGAGCAGAUUCCAAGAGAAGGCUGGAAAGACUGGUGAUAUCAAUGGGUAAGUUCUCAACACUAAGUCGACUUGCCGGGUCAAAUCAAUCAGAUUCUGCGGAUUUGGGGAAGAAAGAUUCCCUAGCUCACGAAUUGGCACAAUUCCUUUUAACUACUUCAUUGAGGAACAGCAAUCAGGAACAAUUAGUGGACAAUAAUCUUACAGCUCUGGAACUGGAUGAGAUGCUGGAUCGAUCUGAACAGGCGUACUUGAAAGCAGAUCGGGAUUCGGAGAAUCUACACCCACAUAUUUCACUUUUUGAGACCGUUAGCGGAUUGGAUAGAUAA